GUACUGUUAAGCAACCUCUUCGUUCGCCUCACCCUUCUCUUUUAUUUUCAUUCCUUUCCUAUCACCACGAUAAUAUCACGACAAUCCAACGCCAAUCAUGUCAAGCAAAUCGCCUAAAAGCAAUACCACAGUCAUAGACUCAGAGGAGAAUCUUCUAUCUCUACUUGACAGCAUUUGCAGACUUGCAGUUGAGCCUCCCUCUCUGUACAUCAACUUGGAGGGAAUCCCAGUUGGCCGCGGCGGCUCCAUAUCCUUCCUCACGCUCCACAUCGUUCCCACCAAGAAGACCUACCUCAUCGAUAUCCACAGCCUGAACGAAGCCGCUUUCUCAACCACCACCGCCAGCGGAACGUCAUUAAAAAGCAUCCUCGAAUCUCCAACCAUCCCAAAGGUUGUCUUUGAUAUCCGGAACGACUCAGAUGCCCUGUUCAGUCUUUUCCAGGUCUCUGUCGAUGGGAUCAUAGAUCUUCAGCUUAUGCGGUCCGCAGCCCGUGGGAGGCCUGCGGUAGGCCUAGUGGAAUGCAUUGAGAAGGAUAGCCCCUUCUCUGUUCGUGAGAGGUCUGAAUGGCGCCACGCCAAAGAGACUGGCUAUCGAUUCUUUGGUCCUGAGAAGGGCGGUCGGUUCGAAGUUUUGAACGAGCGGCCCAUAAAGCCCGAAAUGAUUCACUACUGCCAGCUGGAUAUUGUGUUGUUUCCGGGCUUGUAUGGCAUUUACAGCGCACCGCUGAAACGAAGGUACGAGGCAUCCUGGCAAGACCACAUCCUAGAAGAGACAAAACGUCGAGUUACGCUGUCGCAGAGCCCUGAUUAUGAUAUGCAUUCAAGGAGCAAGGUCUUUGGGUGGGAUGAUGGGUAUAUUUGUAAACAGAUAGAUUCUUGGGCUUCUGGCAUUAUUAUGGAAGCAGUGACACUCGGAUAUUUUCUCGGCGAAAACAGUCAGCGGGUUUAUUGCUAUGAGGCCUAAGGAUUUUCCGAACAAUGCGGAUGUCCUUAAGGAAGAUAAUGCUGAAAGGCUAGGGGGUGGAUGUUGCGAUGGUUAUAAUGACACAAUUCCGACUUUAUGAGUUGACAAAAGGUCAUGAUCAUGGCGGCCAUUUUUAAUGAGAAAC